AUCACUUCUCCAACAAAUUAAACACAUAUAUAUAAACACUGAGCUACACAUUGUUUUGUGAAAUCUUCCAUAUGGAAUCGUGCUCUAAUUUCUCUUCAAAUUACCCCUACAAAGACGAAGAUCCAUUUACCUUGUCUUGGAUCUGUUCGCCGUUCCGACGGGUCGUAGAUUAUCCAAAAUGGACGUUUCAAGAGAACAAAAUGUUUGAGAAGGCUCUGGCAAAUUUGCUUGAUGAUCAUGACCUUAAUACUGUGGACUCAUUGCAGAAAAAUAUUAUCAAUGCUCUGAAUAACAUUGUUGUUCCCGAAAAGAGUAUCGAAGAAAUCAAACAACAUUUUCAGUUGCUAGUUGAAGAUGUCAAAUUCAUCGAAGAAUUUGGUGGUCCGGUGACUUCUUUCAACACCGCUCCGCCGCCGACUUACCGCAAAACCACCGGAAAAAUAAAGCAUGAAUCUAUUUGUUCAAAAAACCGCACAACUAAUUCUGUGGAUGAUCAGCACAAGCAGAAAAGGAAAGGGACUCGUUGGACUAAGGAAGAACAUGAGAAGUUUCUGGUUGGUUUAAGCAAGUACGGGAAGGGGAAUUGGAGAAGCAUUUCGAGAAAUAUAGUUCUAACGAAGACACCAACACAGGUUGCAAGUCAUGCACAAAAAUACUUUAUUCGUCUAGCCAAGAUAUCAUCAUCAAAACUACUCUCAAACCCAUCAACUUCUCAAAUUAAUUACAAAUCAAUGUUAAAUGCAAACCAAAAUUGA